AUGGAGCAAUUGGCCGAGAGGUGUUGUUGGGUUCAUGUGGAAAUUCCGGGUCAGGGCGGAGGUGAACCCGACUUACCAUCCAAUUACGAAUUCCCCACUAUGCAACAAUUGGCAAAGGCGAUGGGAGAAAUAUGCGACAACUUAAAUUUGCAACAUGUUAUAGUAUUGGGCGAAGGUGCCGGAGCAAACAUUCUGGCCCGGUUAGCGAUGUUGCGUGAGGAAUUGGUAUUAGGUGCUGUGCUCAUUCAUUGUACCCUAACCAGUGCUGGUGCUGUGGAAAAUAUUCGAGAUCGAGUGAACGACACACAGGAAGAUUUACGUAUGAAGCCCUCAGUGACCACGUUCCGUAAAUCCCUGCAAAAUGAGAUUAAUCCACGCAAUCUGAACAAGUAUAUCAUGUCAUUCAUGACAUGUCCAGUAUUACUACUUACCGGAAGUCUGUCAGCACAUAAUAAAUCAGCACAACAACUGUUCAAGGCAUUGCGUAAAUCCGCGGAAAAUGAACCGGACCGUUUGAAACGCAUUGAACUAAUUCAGUUUGAUGAUGUGGCCAAUGUACUUCGCGGACGACCGGAACGAAUGUCAGACUGCCUGCAGUACUUCAUUCAAGGACUGGGACUUGGUGGUGGCAUUGUGAAUCGACGAAUGAGCAACACUAUUCCACCCCCGGGGCGCGCUCGUUCAUACUCUAUGGAGGAAUAUGAUCAGCCCAAAGGAGUGGCACUGUGCGUGUUCGACAAGAAUCGGAAAUACAGCACGGCAUUCGACGAGGGCGACGACGAGACUAGUGAGGUGUAG